GGGGAUGAAUGCUUAUAAGAUGCGUUCGACUUAGCACUUGCUUAGAUGGCGAUGCGACACCCCGAGAUGUAUUUCCCCCCAGUUGCGCUGCUCAUUGGGGUGUUGGUGGCGGUUGCCGGGGCGGCUAGCCAGCAUCGCAUGUCAGAUGGCGUCCUGAGUCUCCAGAACGCCAACGACGACUGCGGUGGCCAGCAGACCACGUGUCACAACAGCACUGCGCUGCAGGUGUGCGCCGACUUGGGCACCGGGUACGUCCCCGUCGGCAUCAUGCCCUGUGAAAAAGGCACGCCGUUCUGCUCUGACGGCCGCUGUGUCGGGUCCAUUCCGCCUCCAACACCGCCGACUCCCGAACCUGCUAAACCUACGACGCCUCUGCCUUACGACGAUGUCUGUAACGGAAAGCUCUCCGUUUGCGCGGGUUGCUACGUGCGCACCGUUUGUGCACGCCUGGGCAACGGCAUCGUGCCCGUGAGCAACGUGACGUGCGGGGAGGAAGCACCCUACUGCGUGUCCGGGACGUGUCGGCCCGACCUGCCCGCCGACUCGACCUGCGCACCCAUCCCGGCACCCGAGUCCAAGUUCCAGUGCUACAGCGACGGCUACUUUCCGGACCCGUCAAGCUGCAAUCGCUACCACCUGUGCGUGGGCUCCAAGGCUUUCGACUACGACUGCCCCCGAGGCCUGGUGUACGACCAGACGCGCGCACUGUGCACCCCGUCUGCGACUUGCGCCGUGUUCAACUGCCGCGGCCGCGUGGGCCAAUACCAGCUGUACCAGCCCGACAACACGUUGUACGCGCUCUGCAUCACGGAGGACAGCAAGGACGCCCUGGUAGCCUCCUGCCCACCCGGCCACCGGCUCAAGUCCGACAACCCUCUCGACGUGCACUGCGAGGCGUUCUGCGCCAAAGUAGGCCGCUUCGCAGACCCUGCAGACACGACUGGAGCCGCCUAUUUGGAGUGCCUCGCCUCUUACGUGCGUGGGGAGCUAGUGGGGCCGAUCUCAAGCUCUUGCCCCGUAGGGUCCUUGUUCGACGAGCUGUCGGAGCGCUGCAAGCCCAUCAACCCCACACCUCGCAACACGACUCCCAUCUCUAAAUGAAACACUUAAUAAAAAUUACGAAUUAAAAA